AGGAAGUUUAUCCUCAUAUUGUCGGAUACUUUGCAGAGUGCAUUGCUCGCCUAGAGCAAGCGUUAGAUUUAUUCAUGGAAAUCGGGAGGCUAAGUAUGUCUGCAAGGUUCUGUAAGGAAAUAGCUGAGUUAUAUGAACAGCAACAAAACUUGGAGAAAGCUAUGGAUUACUAUGAUAAAGCAGCUGAUCUUUAUCAAGGUGAAGAAGUCAGUAGUUCUGCAAAUCAAUGCAGGCUGAAGAUUGCAGAAUAUGCUGCCGAGAUGGAACAAUAUCAGAAAGCAAUUGAAAUUUAUGAAGACAUUGCAAGACAGGCACUCAGCAAUAACCUGCUUAAAUAUGGAGUUAAAGGGCAUUUACUCAAUGCUGGCAUUUGCCAACUCUGUAAAGGUGAUGACGUGGCGAUUACAAACGCGUUGGAAAAAUAUCAGGAUAUGGACCCGACUUUCACAGGAUCGCGUGAAUACAAAUUGCUGGCGGAUUUGACUGCCUCGAUUGAGGAGGAAGAUGUUGAAAAAUUCACUGAUGCGAUCAAGGAAUUCGAUAGCAUGACUAAGCUGGAUGCAUGGAAGACAACUCUUUUGUUGAGAGUGAAGGAGAUGCUGAAGGCCAAGGAGAUGGAGGAGGAUGAUCUUACUUAACUCCCUGAUUUCUUCAAGCAAAUGUUUAAUUAAUUUUUUAUUUUUAUUAUUAUUAUUCCAUGGUUGCAUAUUUAUUGCCUUUUGUGGGGCCUCAUUGCAGCCUUGUUAAUAGAA